AUGUUUCCCUCAGAGGGAGUAAUCCUCAAUGCCUUCAAUGCGCAGAACCCUCUGAAUCACUCCCAGGAGCAGUCCAAACCUACAGGAGUCCCGGGAUCGACUAGACGGGAACCCUUUCCAGCUUGGAGCGUGAUUGAUGAUACUAAGAAGAAGGCCGAUGCGUUCGCUAAGGAGGCUUCUCGCGAAUUUGAAGUCGCUAGCCAUAAGGCACAGGCCAAAACUGGCCACAUUGAGCCAUGGACUCCGAAAUACUAUGCAGCUUGCACCGUUGGCGGUCUUCUCGCUUGCGGCCUUACUCAUACGGCAGUGACACCUCUCGAUCUCAUCAAAUGCCGCCGCCAGGUAGAUUCGAAGCUGUACAAGAGCAACAUGGAGGCAUUCCGCGUGAUCCGGCAUGCAGAAGGCAUGCGGGGUGUUUUCACUGGCUGGAGUCCGACAUUCUUUGGAUACAGCGCUCAAGGAGCAUUCAAAUACGGCGGGUAUGAGUACUUCAAGAAGUUCUACUCUGACCUUGUGGGACCCGAGCGUGCCCAGAGAUGGAAGACUUCUUUGUACUUGGCUGCCAGUGCAUCGGCAGAACUCAUUGCGGACGUCGCCCUUUGCCCGUUUGAGGGUGUCAAGGUGCGCACGCAAACGACGAUCCCGCCUGAGAUGAGAGGGACCUUCUCUGGCAUUUCUCAGGUUGUCGCUAAGGAAGGAGUGGCUGGUCUGUACAAGGGUCUGUAUCCUCUCUGGGGCCGACAGAUCCCCUACACCAUGAUGAAAUUUGCUUCGUUUGAGACCAUUGUGGAAGCUAUCUACAAAUCUCUUCCCGGAAAGAAAUCAGACUAUGGCAAGGGCGCGCAGACCGCAGUCGCAUUCUCCGGUGGUUACAUGGCCGGUAUUCUUUGCGCUGUUGUGUCGCACCCCGCUGACGUGAUGGUGAGUAAGUUGAAUGCUAAUAGACAGGCGGGCGAGGCAUUCGGUGCAGCAAUGGGCCGGAUCUAUAAGGAGAUCGGUUUUGGUGGCCUGUGGAACGGCCUUCCUGUCCGAAUUGUCAUGAUCGGAACUCUUACUGGAUUGCAAUGGAUGAUCUACGAUUCAUUCAAGAUCUUCAUGGGCCUACCAACCACAGGCGGUGGACCUCCCGCCGAAAAGAAGUAG